CCACCAACGAAAGCAGGUACAGUGCAUGACCAAGAUGUCGGGGAAAGAAUUUGCCAGGAAGGUUGUGCUGGACGCUAUAAUGGUCGCGUCAGCACAGAUGGCGCUGUACUACGCAUGGAAAUGGUGGAUGUCUGAAGAUACAGGACCCAGUAAAUCUAAGCGCAAUAAAGUAACCGGGAUCUUAGAACGCCUGGGGAAGAAGGGUAUGAAACUAUCGGAGCAUGAAGAAAUCAUUGCGGCCGAAAUUGUUCAUCCCGAUGAAAUCAAUGUUAAUUUUUCAGACAUUGGGGGUCUAGAUUCCAUCAUAUCAUCUCUACGGGAGUCCGUAAUAUACCCCCUGCUGUAUCCCUCCCUAUUUACACCCGAUGCCGAAACACCUGGGGAUGCCACCAAAUCCUCAUUAUUCAUUGCCCCUAAAGGUGUACUCCUUCAUGGACCACCAGGGUGCGGGAAAACCCUGCUUGCUCGAGCAUUAGCCAAGGAGUCCAAUGCAACGUUCAUCAACGUCCCCCUCUCCGUGCUGACGAAUAAGUGGUACGGCGAGUCAAAUAAACUCGUCGCUGCUCUGUUCGAUUUGGCACGAAAGUUACAGCCAUCCAUCAUUUUCAUCGAUGAGAUUGACUGCUUCCUGAGGGAGAGGAGGUCUGGGGACCACGAAGUUACUGGGAUGAUGAAGGCAGAGUUUAUGACCAUGUGGGAUGGUCUAUUGACACAGUCAGAUCGUAUUCUGGUUCUCGGUGCAACUAACAGGCCUAUGGACAUCGACGCUGCCAUCCUCCGCCGAAUGCCCAAACGCUUCGCCGUGGGCCUGCCCGACACAGAACAACGGAAACGGAUUUUGAAGUUGAUGCUUCCUUCCUCGUUUCCAGAUGUUGAUAUUGGUGUCCUUGCUGCGCAGACAUUAGGAUUGUCUGGAUCCGACUUGAAGGAGAUGUGCCGAGAUGCCGCCAUGGAGCCUCUGCGCGAGUUCAUGCGAGAACGUGGGGGUAGUCAUGAGGAAGUUGCCAAAGGGGUUCAGGAAGGCGCCAAGAUACGGCCACUGGCUCUUAAGGAUUUUUUCGCUGAUUCCGAGAAAAGCACUUCCAUGUUGGCCUUGCGUGCGAAACGCGCGGCUCAUGUGACAAUAACAGAUAAGAAGCUGAGCGAGAUCAUCGAUGGGUUGGAUUAGUCUUCUUAAUUUCGACGGCCUGCAUUAUAUUGUAGAGACAUUCGUUUGUCACCCUUCAUAUUAGUUACCUUAGCAGCACUAAUUCUCCCGUAAUAGUACAUGUGGAAGUCUAUUUCUCGAUUGAUGGUAAGCAUAGAUACGCACUGUAGCGCCAAGUGCCCAGGGUCGAAAAUGGCGAAUAGAAAUCAUGGACAAUUCUUGACCAAGAUCCUCGCAUUAUUCACGAACACUCUCACCAGCUCGUCAAAUUGUUCCCCUCCACGCACGCGUCUGUCUCUCAAAGCAGCAUGUCUCAUCAAAUCCUUUGUGUCCCUGAACUCAAGUUCGAGUUCGUGAAUCUGCUGUCCUUGGGGUGGAUCAUUCCGCAGUCCUGGAUUAUUUGUUGUGACCUGCGUGAGGUCGACUUGAAAUGCUUGAUGGGUGUAGGUUAUACGAUCUUUACGGCGGAAGAAGAGUGGCUCGCCCAUUGGUUUC